AUGUGCCGUGGCAGCUCCAGAGACGUGAAGCCGCCGGCGGAGCGAACUCCUGCAAGCAUGGGGAUGUUUCGUAACUGCUACUUUCCUAUGAAGCCAAAGGAGCAUGCAGAGGACAAGUUUCGAAGGGACGAGUACCAGUCGUGGAAGCACAAGAGGAUGAAGAGCCAGCGGAACAUCCGGGUCCUGGAGCGGUUCAAGUGUUUUCCUCUUCCCGGCGAGCGCCCUCGCCCAGGUUCAGGAAGUUCAGGACGCUCAUCUCCGGCCCCAGUCGGGACAGUGUCAGCCAAAGCCCGUGCCUCAGCAGCUAAAUACCCAAACGUACCGCUCGGAGGCAGGCGACCUUCCAUAGGGCGCGGCGACAGGACCCCUGCCUAUGGAUGGGGAGGGAGCUUGGGGAGAGAGAUCACUCCCCCACAACAUCCAUUUCUGCAAUCGAUCCGAGAGAGGAGGGCAAAGAGAUCACUCUCAGACUUCCCAUUUAUCCAUGGCGGGGGUGAGGGUAGACAGAUGGAAUAG